AUGCCAGACAAAAAGGUGGAAAAACGACUGGCUGAUUUGGGAGUUAUGAAGAAAGGCAUAUUUGUCCAUCGUGAUGGUGUGGAGAAAUUUGUGAACGACUUUCAAGAAGCGCGUGAUUCAUGUCAGGUACCGGUUCGGAUCGAAUCUCUGGAUCGAGUAUAUCAUGAAUUUUUGGAAGUGCAAAGUGAAAUUGAACAAUUGGACGAUGAAGAGCAGUUAAAUAGACACCUGUCGGAACGAGCGGACUUCGAAGCGCGUUAUUGCACGGCGAAGGGAUUCUUGCUGUCUAAGCGAUCCGCAGAUGCCAAUCAAGCGGCCCUGAAUGCAUCGUUCCAUCAUCCACCAGCAAACCAAGGUACAUUUCACCUUAGGCUUCCGCAAAUAGAUCUUCCCAAGUUCAAUGGGGAUUUCUCAAAGUGGUUGUCGUUUCGAGACACCUACACAUCGAUGGUGCACUCGAACGCCGACAUUCCUACCGUGGCGAAACUCCAAUAUCUCAUCCAGUCACUAGAGGGCGAGGCACGCAAGCCGUUCGAGAGCGUGGAUAUCGAGGCCGAUAAUUACGGUGCCGUUUGGGACGCCCUGCUAAAAAGGUAUGACAACCGCAGAUUUUUGAAAAAGCAGCUCUUCCGUAGUAUCUACGACUUCUCAUCGCUCAAGAGAGAAUCCGCCAACGAGUUACAUGAGCUCGUGGACGAGUUCCAGCGCCACGUGAAGGCCCUUGCCAAGUUAGGUGAACCCGUCGAGCAUUGGGACACACCUCUUGUAAACAUCCUGUCCUACAAGCUCGAUCCAGCUACUCUUCGCGCGUGGGAGGAAAAGACAAGUCAGCAAGAUGACGUCAAGUACAACGACCUUGUUGAGUUUCUGUACCAGCGGGUACGAAUUCUGAAAUCUGUGGCAACCGAUCUACUACAACGUUCCCAACCGGUUCAAACAAAGGUGGCCGGCAACGUUGUUCCUCCGAAGAAGUACACCCAAUCCAAGGUCGCUGCCAACGCUGCUGCAUCCGAUAGUAGAUCCAACCUUCCUUCGUGUUACGCUUGUUCCGGUAAACAUUUCCUCUUCCAAUGUCAAGUUUUCGCCAAAAUGCCCGUCAGCCAACGAAGAGAGCUGGUAUCCCAACGGAAGAUUUGCUGGAACUGCUUCCGAAGUGGCCACCAAGCAAGGCACUGUUCCUCGAAGUUUUCCUGCCGAAUCUGUCGAGAUCGGCAUCAUACGCUGCUACACGAUCCAUCCCAGUCUAGUAAGAGCUCAUGUACUCCUCCCAUAGCAUCGAAUCUUACCGAAAUGGCACAAGAUCCACCCAUGUUGGCUAUCCCAGGGCCGCCUACCUCCUACCAACAAGUAAGCAUGUCGGUUCAGUCCCAAGCCAGAACGGUUCUCCUCGAAACAGUUGUUCUCCAAGUCGUCGACGAUAAUGGGCACGUUUUCCAAGCCCGAGCUCUUCUAGAUUCCGCUUCGAUGUCGCAUUUCAUGUCCAAAGAUCUUGCGAAGCUGCUCUCCAACUCCCAAUCCAAGGUUGAUGUGUCCGUAGCUGGAAUCGGACAAUCCCACCGGAAGAUCAAGCGUGCAGUAACCACCACAAUCCAGUCAAGAGUCGCGUCUUUCUCUACGAAGCUUCAAUUCCUCGUUAUCGAGCAUCCCACGGCUGACCUACUCACCAUGUACGUCCAAAUCUCUUCGUGGAACCUCCCUAAUGUGAAGUUGGCUGAUCCUGCGUUCCACAUUCCCAACAAGAUUGAUUUGGUAAUCGGUGGUGAGGCGUAUUGGGACCUACACACCAGGAAGAAACUUGACCUAGGCCCAGGUCUCCCCUACAUCAUCGAGACGUACUUCGGUUGGACAUUCUGCGGUUCAACUUCCCAAGAUUCCUCCAACUCAAUGGUGUGUACCAUAUCCAGCACUGAUGCCCUGUUGGAUGCAACUCUACAAAGGUUUUGGGAGAUCGAGACGAUUCCGAACCAAUCCGUCCAUUCCAGCACGGAGAAGGCCUGCGAAGAGCUCUAUGCAGCAACAACAACUCGUGAUUCUACCGGGCGAUACGUAGUUCGCCUACCCAAAACGGACAAUCCGGACGUCUUCUUGGGAAAUUCGGAAUCCAUCGCCGAACGCCGAUUCCUCAGCUUAGAACGCCGUCUCGAGCGUGACCCCAGCAUGAAAUCAUCCUAUCACCAAUUCAUGGAGGAGUAUGAGCGUCUCGGUCACAUGAUACAUCUGAACGAACCCGUGGACAACUCGAUUCCACACUGUUAUCUCCCGCAUCAUCCCGUAUUCAAGCUAUCGAGUACCACAACGAAGACGAGAGUCGUGUUUGAUGCAGCGUGCAAGACCGCAUCGGGAUAUUCCUUGAAUGACCUCCUACUUGUCGGACCUGUCGUUCAAGAUGAUUUGUUGUCACUCAUCAUGCGCUUUUGUUUCUACCCCAUUGCCCUGAACGGUGACGUCGAGAAGAUGUACCGUCAGAUGCUUCUCCACAAGGCAGACCGACCGUACCAGAGGAUCAAAUGGCGUACUGAUGCAUCCCAACCGAUAGCUACCUACGAGUUGCAAACCGUGACCUACGGCACUGCUUCUGCCCCAUAUUUGGCCACAAAAACUCUCCAAAAAUUGGCGAGUGAUGCGGCCCACUUAUUUCCUUCCGCUGCGAAACCAGUAGCCAACGAUUUUUACGUAGACGACUUUCUGUCAGGUGCCGAUGAUGUCGAGUCAGCCAUCCGAAUUCGACGUGAAGUAUCAGCGAUGCUUGCUUCUGCUGGAAUCCCGAUGAAGAAGUGGGCUUCGAAUUCCGUCGAAGUCCUUGAAGACAUUCCACCCGAAGACCGAUCAAUCCAGCCGUGGCACGAUUUGCAAGAUCCUCAAUCCGUCAGCACUCUCGGUCUAAUCUGGGAGCCUAUAACCGAUAUCUUUCGGUUCAAGGUACAGUUGCCGCUGCCGGCUGCUGUACUCACCAAACGUAGAAUCAUGUCCUACGUGGCCCAAAUUUUCGACCCAUUGGGACUAGUAGGUCCAGCCGUUACGAAAGCGAAGCUGUUCAUGCAGUGCCUGUGGACACUGAGAUCCUCCGACAACGAACGCUACGAUUGGGACCAACCAUUACCUUCAAAGCUACAACAAGAGUGGAAAGAGUUCCACAGUACCAUUGAUCUUCUUCGAGAAGUUCGAAUUCCACGGUUUGCUUCCAUCGCCGGGGCCGUCAGCAUCGAACUCCAUUUCUUCGCUGAUGCUUCAGACAAGGCUUACGGCACGUGUUGCUAUGUUCGUGCGCAAUCUGCCCAGGAAGUAUCCGUGAAACUGUUGGUCUCCAAGUCUAAAGUUUCACCCCUAGCAGUACGUCAUACUAUAGCUCGAUUAGAGUUAUGCGCAGCUCAUCUUUCCAUGCAGCUGUACAAGAAAGUCGCUUCGUCAUUGAGAGUUGUUCCACCUGCCUUCUUCUGGUCGGACUCCACCACCGUGAUACAGUGGCUUCGAUCAUCACCUGGACGUUGGAAAACGUUCGUAGCCAACCGUGUGAGUCAAAUUCAUUCUUCUACCCCAAUCGAUAAGUGGAAUCACGUUGCUGGUUCGGACAAUCCAGCUGAUGACAUCUCCAGAGGAUUGGAUCCAGCCGAACUUCUCAACAAGGCAAGGUGGUGGAAUGGUCCAUCCUGGUUAAAAUCUCCUCCUGAGCUCUGGCCAAUAGGAGCACUACCAACGAAAGAAACCGUCGAAGUAUCCCAUGAAUGCCGUAAAAUUCCCAUUGUAGCAAUGACAGCCAUCCAAAGCACUUUCCACGAAGACCUGUUCUCCAAAUAUUCCAGUUUUUCUAAACUUCGUCGUAUGGUCGCAUGGUGGUUGCGAUAUCUGCAAGCUCUUCGUGAACGUGCAAUCGUUCGUCAUUCCAAAGCGAUCAGUCCUGGAAUACCGAAAGGAUCCAAUGAGCCGUGUAACCCCCUCAAUUCCGAUGAACUCCUAUCAGCCGAGCGAAUCCUAUGUAAAUUAGCGCAGUUAGAGAGCUUCCAAGAAGAGCGUAAUGAUCUCGUUGUACGUACGAGCGUAUCCAAAUCAAGUCCGUUGAAGUGGUUGAAGCCCUAUGUUGAUGUAUUCGGACUGAUUCGCGUAGGAGGACGCCUAGACAAUGCUGAUUUAUCUGAGUCCACCAAGCACCCGAUUGUGCUGAGCGGCAAGCAUCCAUUAGCGAGUAUGCUCGCUGUGCACUACCACAAAACACUUCUUCACGCUGGCCCACAGUUGAUGCUGUCAACUGUCCGCCAGAAAUAUUGGAUUCUCGGCGGACGAAACCUCAUUAGACGCACCUAUCAUCAGUGCAUCACUUGCUUCCGUAGCAAGCCGCAGUUGAUUCGGCAAACCAUAGCAGAUCUACCUGCAUCCCGUGUCACUCCGACGCGUCCAUUCUCCGUCUGUGGCGUAGAUUAUUGCGGUCCAUUCUAUGUCAAGUCGGCAAUCCGGAAACGAGGCCCAACGAAGGUAUAUGUGGCAAUUUUCAUUUGCUUCUCUACACGCUCUGUCCACAUUGAGCUCGUGAGUGACCUCACGACUGCCGCAUUCGUCGCCGCACUGCGUCGACUGAUAGCUCGAAGGGGGAAGGUUACCGAGCUGCACUCCGACAACGCCACGACCUUCAAGGGUGCUUCGCACGCCAUGCAUCGCGUGUAUCGAAUGCUGAAGCAGAACGACGUUGACCGGAACCAAAUCUUUUCCUGGUGCGCAAAUAAUGAGAUCCGGUGGAGAUUCAUCCCGCCCCGUGCACCUCAUUUUGGAGGACUGUGGGAGGCUGCGGUGAAGUCCGCGAAGACCCACCUACUCAAAGAGAUUGGCAAUACCAGUCUUGCCUACGAGGACAUGCUCACCUUACUAGCGCAGGUCGAGAUGUGCCUCAAUUCGCGCCCAUUAACGCCGCUGUCGUCGGAGCCAUCAGACCUGGAAGCCUUGACACCCGGUCACUUCCUGGUGGGCUCAAACCUUCAAUCCGUUCCCGAAGCUACAUUCAUCAAUAUUCCCGAAAACCGGCUCAAUCAUUGGGAGCAAACUCAGCGUCACCUCCAACGAAUCUGGGCACGCUGGUACCCAGAAUACCUCCAGCAGCUGCAGUCCAGAGCUGCUCAAGGCUGCAAGUCACCCAGCAAGAUCGAGAUCGGACGGCUCGUCGUUGUCAAGGACGACUGCCUUCCACCUGCCCAAUGGCCUCUCGGCAGAAUCGUCAAGGUCCAUCCAGGGAAGGACGGAAUCGUCAGAGUGGUCACACUGAAGACUUCAUCCUCGGACAACGUCGUGCGACCCGUAGCACGAAUUGCUUUGCUGCCAACAUCCAGCACUCAUUCCGAUGAGCACGUCGAACACAACUAG